AUGUGCAGAUCGCGCGAAAGACCGAGCAGCGGUGCAGUUAAUAUCGUUGCAGUGCUCGUCGCGCUCAGAAUAGCAGAGAUCAAGAUCAAGAUGCAGGCCAACCCCGAUCUUUCCGGCGUUCAACUUGUCAUCGUCGUCAGCAGUGCGGCCCAGCAGCUCGGCACACGCGUGGCCCUCACAAGUCUCCAUCGGUACUCGGCCACCUUUGCGGCCCUGCGCUCGUCUCCUGCCUUCCCUGCUGACUGA